AUGGCAGAUGAAACCGUCGCUGAUGCGCCGCAACAGAGUCCAGCGCCUCACAAAGGCGUUUGGCACCUUCUCGUCGAAAACCCAUAUAUCUUCGGACUGUCGCUGGCCGGCGCCAGUGAUAUCCCGAUGCUCUUUGCUGGUCGUGCUGUGGCUGGUUUUGCUGUUGGAAUGUUGACUAUGAUUGUACCUAUGUACGUGUCUGAGGUAUCUACGGCUGGUAUUCGUGGCACUCUAGUUGUUCUACAGCAACUAAGCAUCACCUUGGGUAUUUUGGUAAGCUACUGGCUGGAGUACGGGACACAGUACAUCGGCGGCCAUCGAUGUGCGCCUGACAUUCCCUAUUCUGGUGGCACUGCAGACAACCCUACCUUUGAUCCCAGGCAUGAUGUUAGCCCAGAAGGAUGCACUGGUCAAUCUGAAGCGGCAUGGAGAGUCCCGUUUGCCAUUCAGAUAUUUCCUGCGAUUGUGCUUGGCAUCGGCAUGCUGUUUUUCCCUGAGUCCCCUCGCUUUUACCUGAUGCGACGCAAAGAGGAUAAGGCUUUGAAGGCCCUGGCUCAACUUCGUCGUGUUCAUCCUGACACACAUUCGCUUCGAGAUGAAUAUCUGGCGAUCAAGGCUGAUGUCCUUUUUGACGAGGCUGUGAACAGAGACAAGUUCCCGGGCAAGAACGGGAUUUCUCUGUUUAUCGCCCAGCAUGGGGCCCUUGUAUCCAAUUGGGCCUCAUUCAGACGACUGGCCAUCGGUUGCUGCAUCAUGUUCUUCCAGCAGUUCAUGGGCUGCAACGCCAUCAUCUACUAUGCUCCGACCAUGUUUUCCCAACUAGGUCUGUCUGGGGGUACUUCAGGCCUCUUAGCGACUGGCGUGUAUGGAAUCGUCAACACGCUUUCCACGUUACCUGCUCUGUUCCUGAUUGACAAAAUCGGUCGUCGACCUCUACUCAUGUGUGGUGCUGCUGGUACCUUCAUCUCACUCGUUAUCGUUGGUGGUAUCAUUGGAGGGUAUGGUUCGUCGCUCUCCUCACACAAAUCUGCGGGCUGGGCAGCUGAGAUAUUCAACUUGGGUAUUCGUUCCAAGGCUAUGGCUAUCACCACUAGCACAACGUGGAUGUGCAACUUCAUCAUUGGUCUGGUGACGCCUGACAUGCUGAAUACGAUCGGCUGGGGGACGUACAUCUUCUUUGCAGCGUUUUGUCUCCUCGCAUUUUUCUUUACCUACUUCUUUGUCCCAGAAACUCGGGGCAAGAGUCUUGAGGAGAUGGACGCUUUGUUUGGUGACACAGCCGCUUACGAAGAGAAGGCGCGGUUGAUGGACAUUGCAUCUGAGAUUGGCCUGACGGAUGCACACCCUGCUGGCAAGAUUGAUUUGGCCAGAGAGAAAUCUGCCGGAGCGGAGCAUUUGGCUUGA